CCAUCCCACAUCGCGUCCUAUUGGCUACAUCCUGCACUACGUAGUGCGUAGAAAACGUGAUUUAAUAGCCAGUGUAGUGCACUUAUAUAAGGGAGUAAGGAGCUAUUUGGGAUUGAACCAUAGAGGACCUUGAGAACAGUAGAAGGAAAGUGUAGUAGGGGUGUAAGAUGUCAGAGCAAAUUAAGCAUCACACCAGCAACUAUAUCAUUAAAUAAUUAACCCAAAUAAUUCUCCAAAGGAAGAAUCAACUGUAGUAAUAUUAAUGACUAAUAAUUAAAUGACUUCUCAUAAAACAUUUCAGUUGUUUUUACGCUAUAAAGGCAUUAUAGAAUAAGACAGGCCUGCUGCAAAUAUAAUAAUAAUAAUAAUAAUAAUAAUAGUGGUUAGCACGUUUGCCUCGCACCUCUGUGGUUGGGGGUUCAAAUCCCGUCUACGUCCUGUGCGCACGGAGCUUGCACGUCCUCCCCGUGCUUCCGGGGUUUCCUCCGGGUACUCCGGUUUCCUCCCCCAGUCCAAAGACAUGUACUGUAGGUUGAAUGGCAUUUCCAAAUUUUCUCUAGUGUGUGAAUGUGUGUGUGUGAUGUCCAGGGUGUCCCCCGCCUUCAUUAUUUUGGCCCCGGGUCAACCGUUUUGGGUCUCGUCAUGUAAAUCAUUCAUCUCCGGUAAGUGCUUUAUCCCGGUCAAGGUUGCGGUGCAUCCGGAGUCUAUCCCGGGAAUGCUGCGUGUGAGUCAGGAAUACACCCAGAACAGGAUUCCAGUCUAUCACAGGUCGUCAUGAACACAUACGAUCACGCGAUCAUUCACGCCGUGUAGUUCGUUUAUCUUCGGUACGAGUUUGAUCCUGGUCAGGGUUGCGGUAGGUCCGGAGUCUAUCCCUGGAACGCCGUGCGUGAGCCGGGAGCACACCCGGCCGUAUUACAGGACACCGUGCGCACACACAUUUCCACCCUGGAACAAUUUAGCAAAUCCAAUCCACCUAUUAGAAUGUUUCUGAAAGCUGGGAGGAAACCGGAGAACCCGGAGGAAACUCUUGCAUGUAAAAUCGACUGCAAUUGCAUCCUACAUGCAAACUGUAAUUAUUAUCCAGACUUAACGUAUGUACUUUGUGCAUGUUUUUAUUAUUAUUACGAGAUCCUUUCAUUGUGUGUUGUAUUAAUCUAGUAUAUUAUAACAGUUCUGUGCUAUUAUGCAAACUAAAAUCCUCAUGCAUGUGAGUGGCUCAAACGUUUGAUCAUCCCGAUUCAUUUCUUCGCUCGGAUAAAAGCUGGGGAGGGGCGGAGUUUAUCCUUCUCCUCCCCCAGAAACAUUCUCACCUUCCUACUGAUUACUUGAGAGGAUCAACGUACCUGAUCAAUCCACCGCGGUUGCUUAAAACCCCAGCAGUGACGUUUUUAACAGUGUGUGAACAUUAACCAGAGCCUCCUCGCUGCCACAGCGAGCUCAGAGAGGCUUUGAGGAAGCACGUGAAGGAGCAGAAUUUCAGGAUGCCUCUGGACUUCAAGCUUAGUGUUUACUUCAGUCUCCUGGUCAUUUCAUCAACGCGAGCGUCGCCCGCUCGUUCGCAUUACAACGCAGCCGAAUCGACGAAAGACAACAGUCAGGUCACACCUACAGAGGAGCGCUUAGAGGAGGCUUUCGAAGAGCAAGGCUACUACCUGCAGCGCCUUUUCCUGGAGUACGGCAGUAACGGCACUCUGACGUAUGAAGGUCUGCAGAAGUUACUGGGCAGCCUGGGACUGGGCGAGGUCAGCGUCCUGGAGAUCAGACAUGGCACGGUGAAGCAUUCCUCUCCCAGCCUGGCUCAAAUUCACCAGCACUUAAAAGAAGACCACCAUCAUCAUCCUCAUCAGCCUUCGAGUUCAGCACCAGUAAACAAAGUCUCUGAGCCUGAGACUUUUAAAGCAAAAGCGACGAUGUCCACAACCGAGGUCGAAGUGGUGACGCGUGGAUCUUCAGGACGGGGAGAUGAUUUGCCACCCACAGCUCCACUUGGCACAGAAGAACCAUUACUGCUCUCUGAUCAUCCGACAAAGAACCACCUCCACGAGAACUGUUUGAACGUCACGCAGCUCCUUUGGAACUUCGGUCUGGAUCAGGCAUCUCCCAUCACCCCGGCUCACUUCACCUUCCUGUGUCCCGCUCUGCUCUAUCAGAUAGACAGCGGCGUGUGUCUUCACCACACGGAUCCCCACACGCAGGAAGCUGGAAAUAGCGUGGCUUUUCUCAGAGCUCUGGGUUGGGCCUCUGUGGCACUGCUAGUAAUCAGUCUGCCGUCCCUCAUGGCCCUCGGACUGACUCCCCUGAUCCCACCCGCUGCCCUCCGGACCUUCCUGUGCCCCAUGGCGGCCAUGGCGGUGGGCACUUUGUGUGGAGACGCCCUGCUGCACCUGCUGCCUCAUGCGAACUCCGGGCCACACAGUGAUCACCAUGAUGCAGUGUUAAAGGGCCUAAGUGUGCUCGGUGGACUCUACCUGCUCUUCGUGCUUGAGAGUGUGCUUGAACUCAGGCACAGCUAUAAGAAAUCAAAGAAAAGAAAGCAGAAAGCAGCAGAGGACCGGGAGAUGGAGGCAUUGGAGGGUUCUUCUGCUCCUGAGCACGCUGUGAUUCCUGAGUCGGGUCACGGGCAUUCUCACGCACCGCCGGAUCGAAGCUCCGACGGACUCAGCACCAUCGCCUGGAUGGUCAUCAUGGGAGACGGAAUCCACAACCUCACGGACGGACUAGCGAUCGGUGUGGCGUUUUCUCAGAGCCUGGCUGGAGGACUCAGUACCACUAUCGCUGUCUUCUGCCAUGAGCUCCCUCACGAGCUGGGUGAUCUGGCCGUGUUGCUGGCUGCAGGUUGGCCUGUACGCAGACUGGCACUCUUCAGCUUGCUCUCGGCCCUGCUGGGGUACGUUGGAGUGCUUACUGGCACCGUACUGGGGUACCAGUGGGCACGGCACUCACCCUGGAUCCUCACACUCACCGCUGGAGUCUUUCUCUACGUCGCACUGACUGACAUGAUGCCCGAGAUGCUGCAUGGAGAUCGAGGUUCCGCGAGUCCUCUCGGCUCGUUCCUCCUGCAGAGCGUCGGCUUGCUCGCGGGAGCUGCCAUCAUGCUGUGCGUCGCUCUCUUCGAGGAGAACCUCAGCGUUAACUUGGGGGACGGAUGAGAGACAGAAAAUAGCAUGUGUGGAAUCGUAGAGCAGCACCAAACCUUGCUAACAUGGACGUGUGACGGCUUCUUAAACGUGGGUUUGCGUGCUGAAAGGACAGCGCAGGAAGGAGAAAAGCCGCUUCGGCCAGACUGACAAACCGAUCUGUUUACCGAUUUGACUCAAAGCAGCUUUGGGAAUUUUUUUUUUAUUUAUUCCUCUAAUAUCACUGAGGAAUGUUUUUCUCUGACUCUUGAGUCUCUCAGUACGUUUACAUGGACAACAAUAAUCUAUUAUUAACCCGGUUAAGACGAUACUCUGAUUAAGAAACUAGCAUGUAAACAGAGAUUAUUGGCAUGGGGACGUAAUGACGUGUACCGUUAAUCGAUCUAUGUUCUAUAACAUGCAAAACCUGAGCAUGAAAGGAGUAUUCUAAAAGAGACUCGUGUAAACACCUGAAUCAGAAUAUCGUCUUAUUCAGAAAGAGCUCAAUAAUUAGAUUACUGCUGUCCGUGUAAACACCUUAAUCAGAAUAUCGUCUUAUUCAGAAAAAGCUCAAUAAUUAGAUUAUUGCUGUCCGUGUAAACACCUUAAUCAGAAUAUCGUCUUAUUCAGAAUAAGGUCAAUAAUUAGAUUACUGCUGUCCGUGUAAACACCUUAAUCAGAAUAUCGUCUUAUUCAGAAUAAGGUCAAUAAUUAGAUUACUGCUGUCCGUGUAAACGUAGUCUCUGAGUUUUACAUUAAGGAUUUUAAUUGUGUUGUUUUAAUGAACUGGUAAUUUAUUAAGUGGUCACUGAUUAAACCUGAUAAAGAAAUCUGACUCGACCGAUUAAUGAGUUUUACAGUACGUGGUCAUCACUUCGGAAAUAUUUUGCAGUACCAUGACACCUCUAUUGUACUGUAUGUUAUGAUCAAAUGUUUAACAUUCUAGUUUGUGUGUGAAUGAGUUCGACACAUCUUUCAGAUUUACAGGAAGUUUGAUUUGAUGCCAUGCAAUCUGAUUCAGAAACGCUCGUAACGUUUUCUAUCAAUGCUAGCCAGCUAGCUAAGCUGACAGGAUCUAUAACCGUUUAUACAGUUUACAGCGGAUGCUAAAUAGACGACUAGCACAAGCUAUUAAAUAUAUAUAAAUAUAUAUAUUUAUCAUCUUCAUGGUGAAUUUUACAUAGACAUCUAGCAUGAGCUAACCUGACAGGAUAUCUGUAAGGCGUUUGUCAUAUUUGUAAACAUUUAUCUUAUUUACAGCUAAAGCUAAUUCGAUGGCUAUC